AAUCAGCGUGGGUGUUUGUGGCGGCGGAAGCCGGAAAGAACCUCGCCAAGGGGCUGGGCCUGAACCUGAACCUUGUCCGAGGCGUUCCUGACGCUAGUGGCUGCGGGGCCGAAAGCGGGUCUUGGGCUCAGGUUGGAGGCAGGCGGCGCCGCCACGGCUGCUGGGAUGGUGGGGCGGGAGAAGGAGCUGACCAUUCACUUUGUCCCUGGGAGCUGCCGGCUGGUGGAGGAGGAUGUUAAUGUCCCUAGUAGGCGUGCUUUGAUUACUGGUGCCACUGGCCUACUUGGCAGAGCUGUAUACAAAGAGUUUGAGCAGAACAACUGGCAUGCAGUUGGCUGUGGAUACCGUAGAGCUCGACCUAGAUUUGAACAAGUUAAUCUUUUGGAUACUCAUGCAGUUCAUGAUAUCAUUCAGGAUUUCCAGCCUCAUGUCAUAGUACAUUGUGCAGCAGAAAGAAGGCCAGAUGUUGUAGAGAGUCAACCGGAUGCUGCUUCUCAGCUUAAUGUGGAUGCUUCAGGGAAUUUAGCAAAGGAAGCAGCGGGAAUUGGAGCAUUUCUGAUCUACAUUAGCUCGGAUUAUGUGUUCGAUGGAACAAAUCCACCUUAUACUGAAGAGGACACUCCAAAUCCCCUAAAUUUGUAUGGUAAAACCAAACUAGAAGGAGAAAGGGCGGUCUUGGAAAACAAUGUUGGUGCGGCAGUCCUGCGAAUCCCUGUUCUGUAUGGAGAAGUUGAAAAACUGGAAGAAAGUGCUGUCACUGUUAUGUUCGAUAAAGUCCAGUUCAGCAACAAAUCUGCUAACAUGGACCACUGGCAGCAGAGGUUUCCCACAAAUGUUAAGGAUGUUGCCAGUGUUUGCCGGCAGCUGGCAGAGAAGAGGAUGCUGGAUCCUUCUAUCAAAGGCACCUUCCAUUGGUCUGGCAAUGAACAAAUGACCAAAUAUGAAAUGGCAUGUGCUAUUGCAGAUGCCUUUAACCUUCCUAAUAGUCACUUAAGACCUAUCACUGACAGCCCAGUCUUAGGAGCUCCACGUCCAAGAAAUGCUCAACUCGACUGCUCCAAAUUAGAGACCCUGGGCAUUGGCCAACGAACACCAUUUCGAGUUGGUAUAAAAGAAUCACUUUGGCCUUUUCUCAUUGACAAGAGAUGGAGACAAAUGGUCUUUCAUUAGUUUAUAAUUUUUUUUAGUACCAAAAGUAAAGUAUGUGGCACUUUUUAAAGAAAAAAAGGAAAUAGUUUUGUAUGAGUGUUCUUCAGUUGUGACACUUAUUGAUCUUUCAGGUAAAUGAUAAUGCUCUUGCACUAGUGAAACUGUUACCUAAAGGAGCUAAGUGGCAAAAGAGCCCUGAUUGAAAUAAUAAUCUUUCCUUUUAUCAUUUUGUUUCUACUGGCUUAACUUCUUGUUGGAAAAUGGUAAAUUAUGAUUCUUAAAAUAUUUUAUGGCCAGGACAAAGCAGGUCCACCGCAGACUUUCUUUUGGAUGCAAUGCAUUGUCCAUGCUGUUGACUUCUGCAACUGCUGAGUUUGUGCAGCUGAGUUUAAUCAGUUCCUCAUCACCAAAAAAGGAAAAAAAAUCAUUUUUACAGUUAUUGUUCUAAUGUGAGUUAAACUGAUGUGAAAAUCAUUGGCGUUCAUUAUUUCAUUGCUUUGAGCUCAGAUCAAAUGUUUUAAAAAAGUAAAACCUUAUUUUUGCAACUUGAGUGCAGUUUUUAUGCUUAAGAUAUAUUUUCAGAAUGUUAUGUAUAUUGAAACCUGUAGCUCAAUGCUUCCUACAUUUGUAGCAAAAUACAGUGAGCACCCAUAUGAAUGGGUUCCCUUGUGUGUUUUUGUAACUGUCUUUUUUCACUCCAUGUCUCUAAAUGAUGUUUUGAAUCUGUGGCUGUACUUUAACAUUGUUUUAGUCUAAUAAUGAACCUUGUAAGCUUUUUGACUAGUCAUGAACAACAAUAAAUCUAUAUUGCUGGCAUGAGAGUUUUUAA